CGAUGGCAGUACAGGUCAUGAGCUGAGCUGCUGAGAUCAUGGAGCCUGCGCCGAGGUCGGACAGGGUACUGAUGGGACUUUACAGUGAUGGAGAGGUGCCUGUACGAAUCCAUGAUGUCCUGCACUGUAGCUGAAAUUACAAGACCACUGACCUGUGUGUCUGGGAGACCUGUUGCCAACAGUGACUGCUGCUUCCCUCAAAUAGGACUAAAUAAAAGUCAGCCUCAAGCCCUAAACAAUCAGGCAUGGACAGGUGAAAACUGAGAGGCCAGUACGUGGCCUUUACUUACUCUGUUAUCCACAAAGGACAUGAGCAUAUUCUCAGCUUUAACAGUUUCUUUUCAGAUGUUGUAUUUUGCCAUGUAAAAAAAAAGAUGCCUUUAAAUAUUAGAGCCAAGCCCACACAGAGCAAGCUUUCUGCUGCUGCAAAAGGUAGUGGGCACACCGAUGGCAACUCAUCUCAUUCACGUUUCUCAAGGUCCCCUAAACACGGGAAAGGCAAACAGGCUGUAAGCUCAGCACCAGGGGCCCGUUCAGGGUUAGAACCAGGCUCUGUGUCAGGAGGUGUGCCUGCAACACCAUCUAAACUGACUGGGGGACAAGGGUCAGUGUCAAGGCCAGGUUCAAAAAUCAAAGCUGACCCAGAAGCAGGCAAAGGGUCAACGCGUGGUUCAGCGACAGCACCAGGGGGUAAAACCUUGUCUAUGGAGAAUAUUCAGUCUUUGAGUGCUGCAUAUGCCACAUCAGGUACUAUGUAUCCCAGUGAGCGGGAGUCCUUGGAACCCUCUGGUGGGUACCCCAAAGGCACCAUGACACUAGGUAGAAGUACCAGCCGCUCCUCCUACACUGGCCGGACGACAGCUACGGGAAGCAGCCCAAACAUCACAUCUUCUGGGAUGCAUCACUUGUCAGAUCCUUGUGGAGACCAGAGUUUUCUUUCUGGAGGGACUUCUAGUUUACGGCGGCAGUCUGGAAGACACACACAGAUAAUGAAUUCAACUGGACGUGGAGAGGUUUCCACAUUUGAUCUCCAUUCUCAGCUGAGGGAUCUGCAGAGAGAGAACAACAACCUGCGAAGAGAACUGGAAGGAGGUAGGGAUGGAAGGACAGGCCCCAGCAUGAACAGCGUCAACUUUUGGAGCCCAGAUGUAAAGAGAGAAAAGGGCGUGAGGCGAGAGGAGGGAGCGAGGAGCUCCAUUGUGAAAGACCAGUACAGGACAAACCAAGAAGAUUUGCAGCCUGGGAAUAACAGAAGAAACAAGCAGCUUCCUUUAACAGUUCAGCAGCUUCAGGAGGAGCUGAGGGCUCAUAGAGAGAUGAACAGUCGCUCCCAGCAGCACCGUCAGCAGGGGAACUCCUAUCGAGAGCUCCAUAUGGACCAGGACCUCAGAGGGGGACUCAGCCCUGGCCACAGUCCCAGACAAAGCCCCAGCAACCUGCAGAGUCCUGGACCAAAGAGCAGCCCCAGAGCCAGCCCAUCCAACACCUACAAUCCAAGGCAACAGGAAGCUGACAUCAUCAUUCACAGUCCUGGAUACGGCUGUAACACUGCAGUAGCCGCACAAAGAAUCAGCCCAGCUGACACCCUUCAGCGUGGGCUGAGGAGCAGCCCAAAUCAGCCUCUCUACAGUCCUAGCCAAGGUCCCGGGAUUGUACCCAGCUCUGGUUCUCUUCACCCUUGUAGUCCCUGUCAGGUGCCUGGGUGUGACGGCUUUUCCUCACCUCCUCCCCUGGUUCCAUCAGAGGAGAACUUCUUCCAACUGCAGUCAGAGCACGAGCGGCAGGCCAAGGAACUAUCCCUGCUGAGGAAAACCAUGGAAGAGAUGGAGAUGAGAAUUGAUUCUCAGAAGCAGACGCUGGGCGCCCGGGACGAGAGCAUCCAGAGACUGUUAGAGAUGCUUCAAGGCCAAAGCCAAGGUCAAGGUCAGGGACACUGGGGACGGGGACAGCGGACAGGCAUAAUAACCAUGGCAGCACAGGAGGCUGAAGCCCAGCUGGAGAACGUGCAUUUGAGAGAGGACACCAAGAUCUCUUCCCUGGAGAGGAACAUCAGAGACUUAGAGGAUGAAGUCCAGAUGCUAAAGACCAGCGGCCUGCUACACUCUGAUGAGAGGCAGGAUGAGCUCAAGCAGGUGGAGGUCUACAAGAGCCAUUCUAAAUUCAUGAAGACUAAGAUAGAGCAGCUGAAGCAGGAGCUGAACAGGAAGGAGUCUGAGAUGCAGGCGCUGCAGACCAAACUAGAAACACUGACCAAUCAGAACUCGGACUGCAAGCAGCACAUCGAAGUGCUAAAAGAGUCGCUCAGUGCCAAGGAGCAGCGCGCCAAUACACUCCAGACAGAGGUAGAUGCUCUGCGAGUGCGUUUGGAGGAGAAGGAGCAGUUCCUGACCAAGAAGACCAAACAGUUGCAGGACUUGACUGAUGAAAAGAGCACACUAACGGGAGAAAUCAGAGACAUGAAGGACAUGCUGGAUGUCAAGGAAAGGAAGAUUAAUGUCUUGCAGAAAAAAAUUGAGAACCUGUUGGAACAGUUAAAGGACAAGGACAAACAGGUGGCUGGAUUGAGGGAAAGGGUUCAGGGCCUUCAAACCGACUCCAGCAACACAGAUACGGCUCUGGCUACACUGGAAGAAGCUUUAUCAGAAAAGGAGCGAGUGAUUGAAAACCUCCGGGAACAAAAGGACCGGGAGGACAGGGUUCGGCUGGAGGAGCUGGAGCAGCUGAGAAAGGAGAACCACGAAUUAAAAGACAAACUAUCAGUCAUGCAACCCCAGAAACAGCCUCAGAACCAGCUCGGUAACCCCAGCCCAUCCCAGAACCAGAGGCCAGAUGGAGAGGUGAAAACCAAAGUAGAUGGGCCACCAGCAAUGAGCCCCACGAUCCAAACUACAGAGGAAGCAGUCAAGAUAUGUCCGGAUAUCACAGAUCGUCUGAGGGUCCUAGAGCAGGAAGUGGCCCGCUACAGAGAGGAAUCCAGGAAGUCACAAGCUGAAGUGGAGAGGCUGAUGGGAGCUUUAAAGGAUGCUGAGAUGGACAAAUCCUGCAAGGAGAAAAAAAUCUCUGAUCUUGAAAGACAAAUCAAGUCUCCUAACAUCCAGAAGCAGACAGUGCCAGGUGAGAUGAGGAAAGACGCCCUGAUUGAUGGACAUCCCCACUCGUUAUCACAGCUGGAGGAACUGAUGGGAGCUUUGGAGAAGACACGCCAGGAGCUGGAUGCCACAAAACUGCGUCUGUCCUCCACUCAGCAGUCGCUGCAUGAAAGAGACGGACAUCUGAACAGUCUGCGACAGGAGAGACGCAAGCAGCUGGAGGAGAUUCUGGAGAUGAAGCUUCUAGAACUGCCUAGACAGGGGCCCCCAGACUUGCAACAGGCUUUGCUUGCAGCUAUCAGUGAAAAGGAUGCCAACAUCGCCCUGCUAGAAUUAUCCUCCUCCAAACGCAAGAAAGCCCAGGAGGAAGUGAUGGCUCUGAAGAGGGAGAAGGACAGGCUCAUGCACCAGCUCAAACAGCAGACUCAAAGCAGAAUGAAGAUGAUAGCUGAUAACUACGAGGAAGAUUACAUCCAUCCCCAGCAUCACCCUCAUCAUUCGCACCACAUGCACCCAGCAAAUGUCCAUCACCGAAGCUUGCCAAGAGCACCCCCCCACACCAACCACCGACCCCCUAUGGAGCAGGUCAGCAUGAGCACACUUGUCUAG